AUUGAGUAUAAAAUCUUAGAUGACACUUAUCAUAACCUGUUCAUCUUAUGCAAAAGUGUGUAUUUUAUUAUUCUUUAAGAAUUUGCAACUGAUUUGUAAUUUCCAUAAUCAUAAUUGCCCAUUACAAUAUAAAUUUUAUACAUGAUGACUGACGAGAAAAGACCACAAUUUGGAAAUCGUUACUUAACCGAAGAAAAAAGUGUUUUUGAACAUAAUGCAUGGUAUGAAAACAAUUAUUCAUUUGUUUUUUAAAGUUCCUUCAGUAUAUAAUGUUUCAAAUAGUAUGCGUUUUUGUUUGACACGAAAUAGAAAGAAACCGAAAUACGGAUCUCGAUAUUUAACUGAAAAUUCUGAUGUGUUCUCUUUCAAUGCUUGGGAUGAUGUAGAAUGGGAUGAAAUCCAAGAGAAAGAAGCUCAAGACAAAGUUACAGCAAAUAGUAUUGUAAAAUUUAGUCAAGAAGAUAUAAAUAAGUAUGAAAAAGAUGCUGACAAAUUUUGGAAUGGAUUCUAUGACAUUCAUACUAAUAGAUUUUUCAAAGAUCGCCAUUGGUUAUUUACUGAAUUUCCAGAACUUAGUGAUGAUGGUACCAAUGAGAAAAAAAUAUUUGAAAUUGGCUGUGGAGUUGGUAAUACUAUAUUUCCUAUUUUACAAUAUUCAACCAAUAAAAAUUUAAAAGUGUAUGGUUCAGAUUUUUCUUCUAAAGCUAUUGAGCUUUUAAGAACUUCUCCAGAGUUUGAUGAAAAAAGAUGUGAUGCUUUUGAAUUGGAUGCUACUAAUCAAGUAUGGAACGUACCUUUUGAAGAAAAUAGUGUUGAUAUUAUAGUAUUAAUAUUUGUUUUAUCGGCGAUUAAUCCUGAAAAGUACAUUACAGUGGUGGAAAAUAUUUACAAGUACCUAAAACCAGGAGGCCUGUUACUAUUUAGAGAUUAUGGCAGGUAUGAUAUGGCACAAUUACGCUUUAAACCAGGACGGAGUGUAGGAGAUAAUUUUUAUGUUAGAGGUGAUGGUACCAGAGUAUAUUUUUUUAAUCAGGAUGAAAUAAAGGAGCUUUUUGAAGGAAAAGGAUUUCAAGAACUUGAAAAUAGGGCUGAUAGAAGGUUACAAGUAAAUAGGGGAAAGUUAUUAAAAAUGUACAGAGUUUGGAUUCAAGCCAAGUAUCAAAAACCAAAAUAAAUUUCAUAUCAA